UACGACGGGAUUGCGAUACUCAAUUAGCAAGUGGACAAAUUAAAGACGGACUAAAUGAAGCCACUGUAUUAGCAAAGUAUAUUACAAACAAUUUAGCAGGAAACGUGAAUGUCAUACAACUUGCGAAAUGUGAUAAAAAAAAAAUAAAGGUAGAUUUAACUUUUCUGAGCACUGAGUACAGUGGCAAUACCAUCUUAUUAAUUGGCGAUACCUUGAGUGAUUGUGUUGUACAUGACGCAAUUGAAGAAGUUAUCAAUAAGAAUGUUCGUAUUGACAUAAACACGUUGAUAACAAGCUUAACAGAAGGACUAGAAUGUUUCAUUAUUCGGCCGAUAUGUGGAAUACUAAACAGGAGUCUUAUUAUUAAUAUGUGUGGGCCCUAUAGAAACGCGCAGGCAAGUUUGGAAGCAUUUGGAAACACGAUAUUGGAUAUAUUAUGCUUGAUUAGCAGACUUAAUGAACAGAUUUUUAAUAUAAACAAGGAAGACAAUUGUGUUGAGCCAUUUAAUAAUAACAAUGAUAAUAAUAAUGAUAAUAAUAAUUCUGCCGAGGAAUCUGGCAAUAAUAAUUGUAAUGAUGAUGAGCAAUUUGAGAAUAAUAACUAA